AUGCAUGGUGGUGAAGGUAGUGCAAUUGCUAGACAGGGCAUUAGUAAGCAUAAUGCGCUUCUACCUGAAAUGGCUUGGUUGGACUUGGCAUUGAUUUUUCCAAAGUGUAGAGAAGUUACCACUAGCUCCUUCAACAGAAAUGAAGAAUUAAGGAAACUAAAGGGGCCUUGGUUUAAUAAUGCUUUGAAGCAAAGUGCUAUUACAGUGCAGUUAAUCCUCCCAGGGUUUCAUGCUAGCGGCUGUGGUGUGUACCACAUGUGGCACACAGCUGAUGAUUCAAACCAUUUAGCCAUGUGUUCCUGA